AUGGGAGAGAACAAGGAAGAAAUGAAGUUUAUCGGAGAAUAUCAGAUUUUGAGAGAACUCGGACAAGGGGCUUUUGGAAGAGUUUUACUGGCAGAAAAAGGGGAUCAACAGGUUGCGAUCAAGGAGACUUUGACUCGCUCUAGAACUGCUCUAAAAGCCGCGGAAGAUGAGUCCAAACUAAUGAUGGGACUUGACCAUAAAAACAUCGUCCGUCUGUAUCAGCACUUUACGUCAGGAGUUCCCAAACGACUCUACAUGGUGAUGGAAUACAUACAGGGUCGGGAACUGUUCGACAUCAUGUGCGAUGAAGAAGUCUUCGUCAAUAUUACUGAAAUUGCCAUAAGCUUUGGUUCCGAACUCGAAACUUAA